GGCUUCCGGGUUUGGCGGCGACGUACCGUGGCCUCAGGAGCGCUGGUAGCAUGAGGCGGGUCACCCUGUUCGUUAAUGGCACCCCCAAGAACGGGAAGGUGGUGGCUGUUUAUGGGACAUUAUCAGAUUUGCUGUCUGUGGCUAGUAAUAAGCUUGGAAUAAAAGCGACCAGUGUGUACAAUGGGAAAGGUGGACUCAUUGAUGAUAUCGCAUUGAUUAGGGAUGAUGAUGUUUUGUUUGUUUGCGAAGGGGAGCCAUUCAUUGAUCCUCAGACAGACGUAAAAUUUCAUGAAGAACUAACAGGGUCGCACACGGAUUGGUUAACACUAAAUGUUGGAGGCCGAUACUUUACAACUACACGGAGCACUUUAGUUAAUAAAGAACCUGACAGUAUGCUGGCCCAUAUGUUUAAAGAUAAAGAUGCUUGGGGGAAUAAGCAGGAUCACAGGGGAGCAUUCCUAAUUGAUCGCAGUCCAGAAUACUUCGAACCAAUUCUGAACUAUUUGCGUCAUGGGCAGCUCAUUGUAAACGAUGGCAUUAAUUUGCUAGGUGUUUUGGAAGAAGCCAGAUUUUUUGGUAUUGAUUCAUUGAUUGAACAUCUGGAAGUAGCUAUUAAGAAUUCUCAGCCAGCUGAGGAUCAUUCUCCUAUAUCCCGGAAGGAAUUUGUCCGAUUUCUGCUGGCAACCCCAACUAAGUCUGAACUGCGCUGUCAGGGUCUAAAUUUCAGUGGUGCAGAUCUCUCUCGGUUAGAUCUUCGAUACAUAAACUUCAAGAUGGCUAACUUAAGCCGCUGCAAUCUAGCCCAUGCCAACCUUUGCUGUGCAAAUCUUGAACGAGCUGACCUCUCUGGAUCAGUGCUUGAUUGUGCAAACCUACAAGGUGUAAAGAUGCUCUGUUCCAAUGCAGAAGGGGCAUCGCUGAAAGGAUGUAAUUUUGAAGAUCCCUCCGGCCUUAAAGCUAACCUGGAAGGUGCUAACCUGAAAGGUGUUGACAUGGAAGGAAGUCAGAUGACAGGAAUUAAUCUAAGAGUUGCAACUUUGAAAAAUGCAAAGCUGAAAAACUGUAACCUCCGAGGAGCAACGCUGGCAGGAACUGACUUAGAAAAUUGUGACUUAUCGGGUUGUGAUCUACAGGAAGCUAAUUUGAGAGGCUCUAACGUAAAAGGAGCUAUCUUUGAAGAGAUGCUGACGCCUUUACACAUGUCUCAGAGUGUCAGAUAGGACCUGGCACAGUUGACUGGAAGAAUACUUGCUGAAGAGGAAGAAAUGAAAACACUUAUCGUGACUUUCUUUCUCUACCCACUCCCUUUAUAAUCUAGACAUACCAUUUAUUAGACAAUAACUUAUAUCCUCAGUAGUGCCUAAGGAAACACCUCUGGUCACUUUUGGGGGGAGGGGGCUUUUAUUUAAUAGGUGUAGGAAUAGACAUUGUUGCUACCUUUUGAAUGGAGAUAGGGAAGUGGGCUAGUUUUAGAACCAGAAUGUUAUGUAUUUUUUUAAAAUAGUCUUGUUUUAGCAUCACCUCAUUUUGGAAUGCAUUUUUAGGAUUUUAAUUUAUAAAGCACAAUAUAUGCAAUUAUAUUUAUUACAUUUGUAUCUGCAAUAUAAAUAUAUGAAAUGUUAGUCACAUACAGUAGCAGAAAUGUUCAGGUUUACAAUUAGCUACUCUGGUUUCUCUUCAGAUCGUAUAAAUCUUUCGCCUUAUAUCUACAGUUAGUUUCUUUAUUCAUGCACAGCAUAUUAAAUGAUGAAUGUGGUGGGGACAGAGUUC